AUGGGUAAAAAUAGGAGCAAUUACAUGAACAGGAACAGCUACAUGAACAGGAACAAUUACAUGAACAGUAAAAAGAAUAGGAGUAGGAACAAAAAAAGGAACAAAAAGAGAAGUAGAAAAAGAAAAAGGAACAAGAAGAGGAGUAGGAACAGGAACAGGAAAAAGAAGAGGUUUAGGCACAGUAACAGGAACAAGAAGAGGAAUAAGAACAGGAACAGUAACAAGAAGAGGAGUAGGAACAGGAACAGGAAAAAGAAGAGGUUUAGGCACAGUAACAGGAACAAGAAGAGGAGUAAGAACAGGAACAGUAACAAGAAGAGGAGUAGGAACAGGAGCAGGAACAUGAAGAGGAUUAAGAACAGGAACAGGAACAAAAAGAGGCGUAAGAACAGGAACAGGAACAAGAAGAGGAGUAAGAACAGGAACAGGAACAAUUUGAAUAUAAUUUGUUAA